AUGCGGCUCGACGUCAAGAGGCAGCUCUUUGCCCGCUCGGAGCGGGUAAAGGGAAUCGAUUUUCAUCCGACAGAGCCCUGGAUCCUGACAACAUUGUACAGCGGUCACGUCUACAUUUGGUCUUACGAAUCGCAGUCUAUAAUCAAAACCUUCGAGCUCACCGAUGUCCCAGUCCGCGCCGGUCGAUUUAUUGCGCGGAAGAACUGGAUUGUCUGCGGUUCGGAUGACUUCCAGCUACGUGUCUACAACUACAACACCUCCGAAAAGAUUACCUCCUUCGAAGCGCACCCGGACUACAUUCGUUCAAUUGCUGUUCACCCCACCCAACCAUAUGUUUUGACCGCAAGCGAUGACAUGACGGUGCGAUUGUGGGAUUGGGAGAAGGGCUGGAAAUGCGUUCAGGUCUUUGAGGGUCACAGCCACUACGUGAUGGGUAUGGCGAUUAACCCGAAGGAUACCAAUACUUUCGCAACGGCUUGCUUGGAUCGAACUGUGAAGAUCUGGAAUCUUGGCUCACCCCAUGCCAACUUCACCUUGGAGGCUCACGAGACCAAGGGUGUCAACCAUGUCGAUUAUUACCCGGGAUCGGACAAGCCCUAUCUUCUCACAACCUCGGAUGACAAGACCGUGAAGGUCUGGGAUUACACCACCAAGGCGCUCAUUGCGACCCUGGAAGGCCACACCAGCAACGUUUCCUUCGCUUGCUACCACCCCGAACUCCCGGUCAUCAUCUCCGGUUCGGAAGACGGCACAGUCAAGAUCUGGCACGCCAACACCUACCGCCUAGAGCAGUCACUCAGCUAUGGUCUGGAGCGAGCAUGGUGUGUCUCUUAUCAGCAGGGCCGUCAAGGAAUUGCAAUGGGUUUCGAUGAUGGUGCAGUGGUUGUGAAGAUGGGCCGAGAGGAACCCGCCGUUUCGAUGGAUGGAUCGGGCAAGCUCAUCUGGGCUAGGCACAGUGAGGUUGUAUCAACAGUCAUUAAGGGCGCCGACAGUAGUGUGAAGGAUGGAGAGCCUCUUUCCUUGCCAACCAAGGAUCUUGGACAAUGCGAGGUCUACCCGCAAACCCUCUCCCAUAAUGCGAAUGGCAGGUUCGUGAGCGUCUGCGGAGAUGGCGAGUAUAUCAUUUACACUGCAUUGGCGUGGAGAAACAAAGCUUUCGGCCAGGCUCUCGACUUUGCCUGGGGUGCAAAGGACAACAGCAACGAUUACGCUAUCCGCGAGUCCUCGACCAGUGUUAAGAUCUUCAAGAACUUUAAGGAGCAGAGUGGCGGCCUUGAUGUCGGAUUCCAAGCGGAAGGACUGACUGAUGGUGUCCUGCUCGGUGUGAAGGGACAGGGUGGUAUUGGCUUGUUCGACUGGGAGACCGGUAAUCUGGUCCGAAGAAUCGAAGCUGAUCCGAAAUCUGUUUACUGGUCCGAGUCUGGAGAGCUGGUCACUCUUGCUUGUGAAGAUGCCUUCUACGUCCUCCGCUAUUCUCGCGAGGCCUACGUUGAGGGUAUGAACAAUGGCGAGGCUGACGAGGAUGGCGUUGAGGCGGCUAUGGAGCUCAUUGCUACCAUCAACGAGACCGUUCGCACUGGAGAGUGGGUUGGUGACUGCUUCAUAUACACCAACUCUACCAACCGCCUAAACUACCUCGUGGGUGACCAGACCUAUACCGUCUCCCAUUUCGACCAGCCUAUGUAUGUCUUGGGUUACCUGCCCCGUGAUGGCCGGAUUUACCUGGCCGAUAAGGACGUCAAUGUCGUUUCUUUCGCUUUGUCCCUCAGUGUACUUGAAUACGAGACUCUGAUUCUCAGGGGGGAGACUGACGCGGCCGCUGAGGUGCUCAAGGAUGUGCCCGAAGACCAGAUGAACAAGAUUGCCCGCUUCCUCGAAGGCCAAGGGUACAAGGAAAUGGCGCUCGAGGUAGCAGUCGAUCCUGAGCAUCGUUUCGACUUGGCGCUGUCGCUCAAUGAUCUUGAGACUGCUCUCGAGAUUGCUCGUGUGGCCAACGUCGAGCACAAGUGGAAGACCAUUGGCGACGCCGCUCUGGCUGGCUGGAAUCUCUCUCUGGCCCAGGAAUGCUUCACCAACGCCAAGGAUCUUGGCUCUCUUCUUUUGCUACAUACUGCGUCUAACAACCGUGAGGGUCUUCGCGCUCUGGCAGCUCAGGCCUCCGAGUCGGGCUUGCACAAUGUCGCUUUCUCUACACUCUGGUCCCUGGGUGACGUGGACGGCUGCAUUGAUCUUCUCGUGAAGACCAACCGCUUCGCUGAGUCUGCUCUCUUCGCUCAGACCUACAAGCCAUCCCGUGCCCCUGAACUCGUGGUGCAGUGGAAGGCAUCUCUCGAGGGAUCAGGCAAGACCAAGGUCGCCCGCCUGAUUGGUGUCCCGCCCGGUGCCCCUGACAUCAUUUCCACUGACGACGACCUAUUCCCUGAGUGGGACGAGUACAUUCGCCUCGAAAAGGAGGGCAUCGCCCCCGAGCCUCCUUCCUCUGAGUCAUUGAUCGAUAUCAAUGGUGACGAUGAGAAGGCGACCGCCACGAACGGUGCCCCUGCGGAGGAGGCUGAAGCCGAAGACGAGGUCGAGGCCGAGGCUGAGGAGGUUGAGGAGUAA